AUGUCUGCCAAGCCCCGACACGGUCAGACUCAGCCUCGAAAGUCAUUGAAGCAGAGUCUCAAAGACGUCUUCCUGCGCCGACCGCGAAAAUCCCCCAAUCCCUCUCUCAAAACGGUGGGUUCAGGAAUAUUGCGCAAGGCCGACCCGUCAACAUCAUCGAUCCCUUGGCUCGACGCCGCCUCAUCGUGUGGCGACUGGGCGGUGAGUCAACUCAGUCUCGACGACUUCACCAUCUCCCGCUCAAUUCCCAACCGGUUCGAAACACCGACGCGGAAAUCAACAGUCCAUCGACAGUCGCUCCUGCCCGCUACCAGCCUCAGUCAAUUCAAUCUCCAUCAUGCCUACCUGCAGCCGUCGACGGUCCCUCGUCGAGCAGUCCACGAGGUCAUCUCCCCAUCAUUCACAUCGAUUGUGAGCCGCGAAGCGAGUCUGGCCACUCUUUCGGCGGUUUCCAGUGCUUCCACGUUGAGGCUCCAAGAAUCUCGUCAGAAACUCCUCCCCCGAGAUGCGCUGCAAGACCGGACCAUCCGGUCCUCAGCUCGGACCGCCACCGACCGCCAAAGUCCAAGCAACCAGGUGUCAUGGCUUCACUCCCCAACAGUCAGUUCCGGGUCGGUCAGAGACAUCGUUUCGAGGAGAGGAGAGCCCUUGGAACCGGACGAUCCUGCGGGCGUUCGGCUGGUGGAGCACUUCAGAUCCUUCUGCAUCCUCGACACGGUGAUACCCGGGUGCCCGGUGGUGGCCACAUCUCAGGAGCUCCGGUAUAUCUUUGAGAUUGGCGAGCACUUCUUUCUCAACAGCUGUGAAUGUGAGGGGACCUCCAUGGACAUUGUGACCGGUCAAGAUGCGGCGGGCGAUCCCGUCACUCACCUGGUCCUAUUUACCCCUCUUAUCAUUCCGAGCAGUGGUCGAAGUCGUUUCAUGCUCGCCAGCCUCAUUGACGUAACUCGAUUCAUUCAUGAUACCGCCUCCCUCCCCGAACUCGAGAGAUCAUCCAACAGCUCCACCAUUGAAAGUGAUCUGCGGACGCCAAUGCACGAUCGGUUGCCCUCCAAUUGGAAUUCCGCGAGGUAUAAACUGUCCGCCGAAGAUCUCCUGGGAGGUUGCGUUCUACCCGAAGAUCGAGAAGUCCAACCACACCCGUUGGAGGAGUCUCCCGAUGAUGUGUGGCUGAAUUUGGCCGACGAGGAAAGGAGCCGAACGUCCACGGCACGAAACACUCCUCGAUCGACACCCAAAAUCAGUCAGACCCCCGGAUCUUCAAAGGCAUCACAUUCCUCAACGGCCGCCAGUACGGUCGACGAGGUAUUGGAGGAGUUUAUCAGGGGCUUGCAGGAGCUGUAUUCGGACUUCUUCCUUUUAGGCAAAUCUCCGCUUGACGAUACCUUCUAUGAGAUCUGCAACGUCUCACCCCUGUUGUACGCCGCCAAGGAUUAUAUUCACGGCCAUCUUUCUCAUACCGGACAGCAUAAGAUUGCUGAGCUGAGUACCCGACUUGCCCAAGGAUCGCCAUUCAACAUGCACGUCAAAUGGGGUCUUGAAGGCCUGGACAAACGUCUGUAUUGUAGUCCACUGUAUGGACAGAAUUCCAUCACGUGGAUUUGCUUCCUCGUGGAUCAUCGAAUACCAACAUUGUGGUAA